AUGGUGGAGGCUUUCUGUGCUACCUGGAAGCUGACGGACAGCCAGCACUUUGAUGAGUACAUGAAGGCGCUAGGUGUGGGCUUUGCCACUAGGCAGGUGGGAAAUGUGACUAAACCAACAGUGAUCGUCAGUCAGGAGGGGGACAAAGUGGUCAUCAGGACACAAAGCACAUUCAAAAACACAGAGAUUAGUUUCCAUCUGGGAGAAGAGUUUGAUGAAACCACUGCAGAUGACAGAAACUGUAAGUCUGUUGUUAGCCUGGAUGGAGACAAACUUGUUCAUGUACAGAAAUGGGAUGGCAAAGAAACAAAUUUCGUAAGAGAAAUUAAGGAUGGCAAAAUGGUUAUGACUCUCACUUUUGGUGAUGUGGUUGCUGUUCGCCACUAUGAGAAGGCAUAG